CAUGGAAAGUCAUGGAAUCAGUUCAAAAGCUCAAAAGAGCGCCAACCCUGAAUGAAGCUAUAAUAGUCUGCUAGCAAGCUCUCGUGGCUAUCCUCGCUGAGGUUAUUUUCUCAGAGUUUCAAUUUGACAGUUUGAAUAGUUUAUUUGUUUUUGUAAUAAUAAUGAUGAUGAUGAUGAUGAUGAUGAUGAUGAUGAUAAUUAUAAUAAUAAUUGCCCCCGCAGGGAUUUCGUUCAGAAGGCGAAAUCCCGAGGAGGCAUCCUAGCAACUUGCGCUUAUAUUUAGAAAAGUACUUACAGUUAAAAUGUGCAGUCAGUAUACCUAAAAAAAUCUUGACUUGCUUGAUCAGGGGCGGCAAGGAAUCGUUUGGUAAUAAUGACGUUUCAAAUGUUCACCCCCGCAAGUAUGAAAUGGUUAGGAUUACGUGAAACAGAAAAUGCCUGAAGGGUCCGCUUAGAUUGAUUUUGUGACGCUUAUUGUACAGUCAUACUUCAAUACUCUUUUGGGUUACGUGUGUUCAGUGACAUUCUCUGGAGCAGUUGUUUUGAAAGCUAUGGACCAUAAAAAGACACUCAUUAAGCGCGGAUGAAGUUAAAAGGGGGCGUAUAACUGUAUAAUUAUAUACAUACAAACACUUGGAGAGUUUGCCAGACAGGAAUUAAUCAUUUACAAUUCUUAGUCUGAAAUUCAUCCGAUUACUUCGAGUCGUUAUUACUCCCUCAGUGGAGAAAACGACUCGAAGCAAUCGGAUGAAUUUCAGGCUAUCACAAUUCUUCGACUGGAAACUAUAUGCAAGACACAAAUCACUUUCGGGGAACAAGACUCAGUCCACAAACAACUGCAAGUUUCCCUGUGCGAACAAGUGAAUCAAUACAGAAGUUCACCGGUAAAUAAAUUUUCUGCUAACUUAUUGCCCGCUUACAGGUGAAGUAUUGUCUUUUAAAUAGUUUUAAAAAAUGACUACAUGUAAAACGCGCGGGCGUACCUUGCGAGUAGAAGUUUCUCUCGCAUGGCAUUUAACGUUUACAAGGUAGUUAACGUGGCUUGUCUGUUGCCUAGUUGGUUUGUGCAUGGAUAAUAGAAAGACCAACUAAGGGAAUAACAAGGGACGCAAACGACUUCGUUAACACUAAAAGCCAUGCAAGACUGAGAUAAACCUCUAGGGCUGGCAGGGUAGCGCCGCCCAGCGUGAAUUGAUCGAACCUUUUAUUUUCUAAAGCUUUCUUUCCGGCUAAUAAAAUGAACUGCAUGUAAAAAGUGGAAGAGAAAUAGCGAAAAUUACCACUUUUAAUCAAAUCUUUUCUUAUAGUUUAGAAUGUUUUGAUCAAAGUUGUGUAAAUCGACCUGAAUCAGGGCAUGGAACCUUGCGUUUCCUGUUUUUAUCUCACUUAUUGUAUGGAAUAUGUGUGAAAAUCUUCUUAUGAAUCGGUAUAUUUCAAAGAGCUACACGACGACCAAGAAUACUAUUGACCAACAGCAUACAGAGCGGGGGCAGCUGUACAGUAGUGUCAACUAUUACUGGUAUUAAUAAUAAUACUUUUUUUAAUAGUUUAUUAGAAGUGCUUUCACGUGAUGGAUCUUUGCCUUUCAAAUAACUAACACCGUAUAAUAGGAAAAAACAACAUUACUGUUAUUGAAAUAAUGCAGUACUCACAUUAAUAUUAAAACAGAAUAUACUGGAAAUAUACUUAAAAUAUAUAUGUAUCAGCCUAGGUUAAAGAGCCUUUGGGUUGGCAAGCUACUACCCUGCGAGCAGAGGCUACAUUUUCGCGGUAUGAGAUGGCAUGCGAAAAGUACUUUUCGCUCGCCACCUCAUACCCCGAAAAUGUAGCCUCCGCUCGCAGGGUAGCAAGCUACUGAAACUAUUUGCAUCCAUGUGCGAAAAAGUAUCCACUUCCAUGGGAAGUGAUAGUUAAGGGACCGAGGAUGAUCGUACGUGACAUUGAUACUUCGUGGUUAGCACUGCACUAGAAUUAGGGGUUUAAUACUGAAAUAUAACUCGAUUUCCGAAUACUAAGUUAAGAUUUCAAAACCACUACCAAGGUAGCUGGGGACCCCGUGCAAACGUAAUUUCUUUCGUCCCUCUCAGCCCUUGCAUCACCGUUCUAAACGUGCCACUUUCUAUGUGGGUUUACUAAAAAUGGCGUUUGUUUGUUAUUUGUGGGAUAUCCAAAAACAAAAGAAAUAUUUACUGAUCACAGCUGAAAGUAACAUUUGUCGUAUAUCGGCUACACUGAUUGUUUACAACCGUUCUGUGUUAUGAUCUACACUAAAAGAUAAUGCUUAAUUUAUUCUACUUUUUCUGCAGGAAUUUCUUUAUCCUGAUGCGCGUGAUAGGCAGUUUCUACUGUUUUUCCACAAAUUUUCCAAAAGGAAAUCUUUGGAUGUGAGAAGAUACAACGAUAUCAAGAAUUCCAUCGCUAAAAUUGAGGAAGAUUUGAAAGUUCUUCGAAGUCCAUUGUUUCUGCACCUUCCAGAAGCGGUAAGAAUGGAAUUACUAGGAGAUAGUGCAAACGAAGAAGACAAGAAAUAACUGAAUCAUGAGAGAUCACUUGAGGAACCCGUUGUUGAAGAAGUACGGUGCCAGUGUGGCUAUAAUUUCUUUUCUUUGCCGUCAUUCUCCGUGUUGAAAUAAUUUAUUGAGAGCAUGAAGAGACAAUGAUAAUGAUUGACUUUUGAAUAUAUUUAUCACUCUGUCGUGGAAUUUUCCUGAGGGUGUUGUCAGGGAAGAUUCCAAAAACAACUGCUGUGGUGUGGGGAGGUCUAGGAUUUAUGGCAUUUCAGUUUGGUCUACUGGCUCGUUUGACCUGGUGGGAGUAUUCAUGGGAUAUCAUGGAACCUGUGACAUAUUUUGUAGGAUAUGGGACAGCAAUGGCAGCUUAUGCUUACUUCGUACUGACAAGACAGGUAUUAAAGAGGUUAUUAAAUCCCAUAAUAUACCUGAGACGAACAUUCCACACUGAAAAUUAAAUUUAUGUUUGGUAGUUUAGUUACCGCAGAUGUCAAAGAAAGGACAAUAACAAUAUAACAAAAAAAAUAGGCGCGAGAAAACACUAAAAAUAAACAGCGUGAACGGCAUGAAUUUUGCAUUUUGUUGAUGAACACCAAAGUUUGUGUCUGUUGAACUGAGUUACGUAGGUCAAAAGUACCCUAAAGAAAGGGAAAGUUUUGAAAACUUUCGAAAGUGUCAGUGUGACCGAAGGGUGUGGAAAACUUUAAACGUUUACGGAAAAAGGCAUUGAAAGUCAUGGAAUCAGUUCAAAAGCUCAAAAGAGCGCCAACCCUGAAUGAAGCUAUAAUAGUCUGCUAGCAAGCUCUCGUGGCUAUCCUCGCUGAGGUUAUUUUCUCAGAGUUUCAAUUUGACAGUUUGAAUAGUUUAUUUGUUUUUGUAAUAAUAAUGAUGAUGAUGAUGAUGAUGAUGAUGAUGAUGAUAAUUAUAAUAAUAAUUGCCCCCGCAGGGAUUUCGUUCAGAAGGCGAAAUCCCGAGGAGGCAUCCUAGCAACUUGCGCUUAUAUUUAGAAAAGUACUUACAGUUAAAAUGUGCAGUCAGUAUACCUAAAAAAAUCUUGACUUGCUUGAUUAGGGGCGGCAAGGAAUCGUUUGGUAAUAAUGACGUUUCAAAUGUUCACCCCCGCAAGUAUGAAAUGGUUAGGAUUACGUGAAACAGAAAAUGCCUGAAGGGUCCGCUUAGAUUGAUUUUGUGACGCUUAUUGUACAGUCAUACUUCAAUACUCUUUUGGGUUACGUGUGUUCAGUGACAUUCUCUGGAGCAGUUGUUUUGAAAGCUAUGGAUCAUAAAAAGACACUCAUUAAGCGCGGAUGAAGUUAAAAGGGGGCGUAUAACUGUAUAAUUAUAUACAUACAAACACUUGGAGAGUUUGCCAGACAGGAAUUAAUCAUUUACAAUUCUUAGCCUGAAAUUCAUCCGAUUACUUCGAGUCGUUAUUACUCCCUCAGUGGAGAAAACGACUCGAAGCAAUCGGAUGAAUUUCAGGCUAUCACAAUUCUUCGACUGGAAACUAUUUGCAAGACACAAAUCACUUUCGGGGAACAAGACUCAGUCCACAAACAACUGCAAGUUUCCCUGUGCAAACAAGUGAAUCAAUACAGAAGUUCACCGGUAAAUAAAUUUUCUGCUAACUUAUUGCCUGCUUACAGGUGAAGUAUUGUCUUUUAAAUAGUUUAAAAAAAUGACUACAUGUAAAACGCGCGGGCGUACCUUGCGAGUAGAAGUUUCUCUCGCAUGGCAUUUAGCGUUUACAAGGUAGUUAACGUGGCUUGUCUGUUGCCUAGUUGGUUUGUGCAUGGAUAAUAGAAAGACCAACUAAGGGAAUGACAAGGGACGCAAACGACUUCGUUAACGCUAAAAGCCAUGCAAGACUGAGAUAAACCUCUAGGGCUGGCAGGGUAGCGCCGCCCAGCGUGAAUUGAUCGAACCUUUUAUUUUCUAAAGCUUUCUUUCCGGCUAAUAAAAUGAACUGCAUGUAAAAAGUGGAAGAGAAAUAGCGAAAAUUACCACUUUUAAUCAAAUCUUUUCUUAUAGUUUAGAAUGUUUUGAUCAAAGUUGUGUAAAUCGACCUGAAUCAGGGCAUGGAACCUUGCGUUUCCUGUUUUUAUCUCACUUAUUGUAUGGAAUAUGUGUGAAAAUCUUCUUAUGAAUCGGUAUAUUUCAAAGAGCUACACGACGACCAAGAAUACUAUUGACCAACAGCAUACAGAGCGGGGGCAGCUGUACAGUAGUGUCAACUAUUACUGGUAUUAAUAAUAAUACUUUUUUUAAUAGUUUAUUAGAAGUGCUUUCACGUGAUGGAUCUUUGCCUUUCAAAUAACUAACACCGUAUAAUAGGAAAAAACAACAUUACUGUUAUUGAAAUAAUGCAGUACUCACAUUAAUAUUAAAACAGAAUAUACUGGAAAUAUACUUAAAAUAUAUAUGUAUCAGCCUAGGUUAAAGAGCCUUUGGGUUGGCAAGCUACUACCCUGCGAGCAGAGGCUACAUUUUCGCGGUAUGAGAUGGCAUGCGAAAAGUACUUUUCGCUCGCCACCUCAUACCCCGAAAAUGUAGCCUCCGCUCGCAGGGUAGCAAGCUACUGAAACUAUUUGCAUCCAUGUGCGAAAAAGUAUCCACUUCCAUGGGAAGUGAUAGUUAAGGGACCGAGGAUGAUCGUACGUGACAUUGAUACUUCGUGGUUAGCACUGCACUAGAAUUAGGGGUUUAAUACUGAAAUAUAACUCGAUUUCCGAAUACUAAGUUAAGAUUUCAAAACCACUACCAAGGUAGCUGGGGACCCCGUGCAAACGUAAUUUCUUUCGUCCCUCUCAGCCCUUGCAUCACCGUUCUAAACGUGCCACUUUCUAUGUGGGUUUACUAAAAAUGGCGUUUGUUUGUUAUUUGUGGGAUAUCCAAAAACAAAAGAAAUAUUUACUGAUCACAGCUGAAAGUAACAUUUGUCGUAUAUCGGCUACACUGAUUGUUUACAACCGUUCUGUGUUAUGAUCUACACUAAAAGAUAAUGCUUAAUUUAUUCUACUUUUUCUGCAGGAAUUUCUUUAUCCUGAUGCGCGUGAUAGGCAGUUUCUACUGUUUUUCCACAAAUUUUCCAAAAGGAAAUCUUUGGAUGUGAGAAGAUACAACGAUAUCAAGAAUUCCAUCGCUAAAAUUGAGGAAGAUUUGAAAGUUCUUCGAAGUCCAUUGUUUCUGCACCUUCCAGAAGCGGUAAGAAUGGAAUUACUAGGAGAUAGUGCAAACGAAGAAGACAAGAAAUAACUGAAUCAUGAGAGAUCACUUGAGGAACCCGUUGUUGAAGAAGUACGGUGCCAGUGUGGCUAUAAUUUCUUUUCUUUGCCGUCAUUCUCCGUGUUGAAAUAAUUUAUUGAGAGCAUGAAGAGACAAUGAUAAUGAUUGACUUUUGAAUAUAUUUAUCACUCUGUCGUGGAAUUUUCCUGAGGGUGUUGUCAGGGAAGAUUCCAAACAACUCUUUUUACAACGGGUUUAGUAUCCUGCGUGGCAGGCGUUCGAUAGGGAAGGGAAAGGGGAUUUUUGGCGCGAGGGACGCGCGAGGAAGGAGGGAGAGGCGUUCCCCUCCUACCUUCUCCCUCGCGCGCGGUCUCGCGCUCAAAUUCCCUUCCACAUCCCAUUCGAACGCCUGCCACGCACACGCAGGCUACAGGUUUAGCAUUGCUUGUUCUUUUCGCCGUCGAUCAGAGCCCUAAUUACUUACUUUGCGAUAUGAUCAUUGUCAAACAGUUUCGUUAGUUUGUUCAAUAUAAAUCAUGAAGCGUUUCCAUUCAAGUGAAAGCUUUUAAGCAGUACUUUCCCGUAGUGCUGUUUAUUAUACUUUGCUUUGGCGUGAUCUAAGGCCCUGUUCGCUCCAAGGAAAAUUUGUUUGUUAUGCAAAAAAAUCUGUCAACAGCAAGCCAUUUCUAGUGCGAACGAUUUUUCCACCCACCAAGAUUUUCUCAGCUGUCACCAAACUUCAAAGCUGUCGUCGAGAAGAUUUGGAGGCGUACAAUUUUCUGUCAGGCGACAAAAUCCUUUGUUCCGUUAAAGCUAUCCUUAGCCUGCGUAGCUGACGGCAUUGUGUAGUAGUCGAGUGAGAUUUGGCGAAGGAGCCGUUGUAAUAUAGUCGAGUGAGAUUUGACGGCGGAGCCGUCACGAGCGGCGAAGAAGCGAGAAAUUUCAACCGCCUCGUCCCUACUCCCUUUUUUGGAACACGGCUCCGCCGCCAAAACUUUAAUCUCGCACCCACACAAUACCGCCAGCUACGCAGGCUAAGCUAUCCUUCGUCGGGUCAUCUUAUUUGGCGUGUCUCAGAUGAGAACAAGGUUGCAAAAACAGAAAAUUGGUGAUUACAAAAUUUUCACAUUUCUUGCAAACGUUUGUCGUAGUGCGAACAUGGCCUUCUUGAGUCUUUUAAUGAAAUUCCUGCGGUGUGGCCAUCCGAAUAUAAUCUCUCCUGCAAGAGUUCUA